CCUAAAUUGUCGCACGUAUAGGAACAAAACCUCUGUGUCUCCGACCCUUCUCCUGCGCUCUCUCUCUCUCUCUCUCUCUCUCUCUCUCUCUCUCUCCCAGUCCUAUGCUCUACUCUCCACCCCCCAUUUUCCAGCAACUAGGGUUUUUGCUCCUCUUUUUCAACUAAAAAGGAGUUUUUCAACUGUUACCCCAUUUCCAUUUUUACAGUUGUCAUCACCAAGAAAUUUUCUUUAGUUGGUCAUUCAUUUUCACUUUAAAAAAGAAAAUAAAAAUUGAGUCUUUAUUGCUGGGUUUUGUUCAUUCUUGAAGAGUGAGCUGAAAGAUUGAUGGCUAAGACUAAACCUGGAAAGAAAGACCUUGAUUCUUACUCUAUCAAGGGCACCAACAAAAUCGUUAGACCUGGUGAUUGUGUGUUGAUGAGACCAUCUGAUUCUGAUAAACCUCCGUACGUGGCAAGAGUAGAGAAGCUUGAGUCUGAUCACCGGAACAAUGUGAAGGUCAAAGUUAGAUGGUACUACCGACCUGAGGAGUCUAUUGGUGGUCGCAGACAAUUCCAUGGGGCCAAAGAGCUGUUCUUGUCAGAUCACUUCGAUAUGCAAAGUGCACACACCAUUGAAGGGAAGUGCAUAGUGCACUCUUUUAAGAACUACACCAAAUUGGAGAAUGUGGGCCCUGAGGAUUACUUUUGUAGGUUCGAGUACAAAGCUGCCACAGGGGGAUUUACUCCUGACCGCGUCGCUGUGUAUUGUAAAUGUGAGAUGCCCUACAACCCUGAUGAUCUGAUGGUGCAGUGUGAAGGAUGUAAAGACUGGUUCCAUCCCUCUUGUAUGGGUAUGACCAUUGAAGAAGCAAAGAAAUUAGAGCAUUUCUUAUGUUCUGACUGUUCCUCAGAAGAUGAUGGCAAACGUCCCUUGAGCUCAUUUCAUGUUUCACCACCUGUUGAGUCAAAGGUGGAGUCGAAGCGAAGGAAGAGAUAAAUAGCUGACCUUGAUGCAGUAUGAGGAGAAGUAGGAUGUCUGGUUUAGAUAGGAAGCUGGAUGUAUGAUGACAAGUCUCUAGGAGCUGAUGCUGAUCAAGAAUUUCGUAUUGACGAAUAAGAACUUUGCCUGAUCUCGAGUUGCAAUAUCUCUGGAGUCCUUAUUUCAUAGCGCUAUAGCAUUUGCUCUAUCUCUAUUUUAAAUAGCAAACAACUUAAACUAGCACUUCUCGGAUCAGGCUAGGCUAGCCUCUCCAGCUGAGUGGUGUCGAGGCCAUGUAUGUGCUAGCAAUUGGUACAUAGGAGAAUGCAAUCUGCAGAUGCAUAUUGAGUUGGUUAAAAUUGGUUUAAUGAGUUGUGAUCUCUUGAUCUAGGUCCUGACAACAUGCUUGUAAAUUAGUGCCAGAGAGCCUGCUUCAUCAUCUGAAAAUAAAGUUAUUUUUGCUACUUA